AUGGCCACGCUUCUGCAUCGCGUCGCGGUCAAUUUCAGACGAAGCAGCGGCGCGACUGCCGCCGUGAAUCGCGCCGUCGGAUCGUUCCAGAGCGGAUUUGCCGCGCAACCGCGCAGUCUCCUCGAUGUCCUCGCGCUUCGAUGGGCAAGCACGCUGGUGGUGGCGGAGCACACGGGGAGGGGCGGGGGGGGCUCCGCCGCGACCUUAAAGCCGCCCACGCUGUCCGCACCCGCCUCGUCCCCCACUACACCCCUCCCCACCCAUGCAGGCCAGCACGCUGGUGGUGGCGGAGCACACGGGGAGGGGCGUGGGAGGGGUGCUGCGGCCCUGAAGCCGCCCACGCUCUCCGCAGUGGCGGCUGCGCGGAAGCUGGGCGGACCCGUGGCCGUGCUGGUGGCGGGGAGUGGUGAUGCAGUUGCUGACGUGGCUGCUGAUGUGGCAAAGAUCGAAGGGGUGGAUGAGGUGAUUACAACAGAGAGCCCCGCCCUGGACCAUGCCUUGCCAGAGCCCCUGGCGGCGCUACUGACAAACCUCGCCGCCCAGCGGUCGUUCUCGCACGUCCUUGCCGCCUCGUCCACGUUCUCCCGUAACGUGCUGCCACGUGUCGCCGCGCUAUUGGAUGCUGCAAUGGUGUCUGACGUGGUUGAAAUCGUGGAUGAGAAAACCUUCGUGCGCCCAAUCUAUGCAGGCAAUGCUCUAGCCACGGUACGCUGCUCCACCCCCUCUCCCGCCGUCCCAACGCUGCUCACAGUGCGCGCCACCUCCUUCCCUGCCGCCUCCUCCUCUUCAGCCGCCUCUGCUCCCAAGGCCACGCUGUUUGACUUCCAAGCCCCCCCAGCUGAAAAGUCCUCCUGGGUCGGGCAGGAGUUGCGGGCAGCUGACCGGCCGGACCUGGGCAGCGCAAAAGUUGUGAUUGCGGGCGGGCGGGGGCUGAAGAGCGAAGAGAAUUUCAAGCUGCUGGAGCAACUAGCAGACAAACUGGGAGGGGCAGUGGGUGCCUCUCGGGCAGCUGUGGACGCAGGCUACGUAGCCAACGACCUGCAAGUCGGGCAGACCGGAAAAAUCGUCGCGCCAGACCUCUACAUGGCGUUUGGAAUUUCGGGCGCGAUUCAGCAUCUGGCGGGCAUGAAAGAUUCGAAGACGAUCGUGGCUAUUAACAAGGACCCAGAUGCUCCGAUCUUCCAGGUUGCAGAUUACGGGCUGGUGGGAGAUUUGUUUCAAGUGCUGCCCGAACUCCUCGAGAAAGUUCCUGCCAAGGCCUAA